AUGACUUGUAAUAGCAUAGUCCAAUUCUCUUUAAUUCUAAAUGGAACCCCCAUGCCUUUGUUUAAAUCAAAGAGAGGAAUUAGACAAGGAGACCCAAUGUCCCCUUUGAUUUUUGUGAUUUGUAUGGAGUAUCUUUCUAGAUUACUUAAGGUUGCUGAGGAUCAUGUGAACUUUAGAUUUCACCCAAGGUGCAAUAGACUCAAACGGAACCAUCUGUGCUUUGCGGAUGAUUUAAUGAUAUUUUUUCGGUAUAUAGUGGAUUCUUGUAAUAUUCCUUUGGGUUCUCUGCCUUUUCGUUAUUUGGGGGUUCUGCUUUCUUCUAAAUGUAAUUCUGCAAUUGAGUGUGAACGUCUUGUUGUGAGAAUGACCUCUAAGAUUAGAUCUUGGCAAGUCCGGAAUCUCUAUUAUGCAGCUAGACUACAACUUGUUUCUACUAUUUUGGUGCUAAAGCAGGUGAAUGCAAUCUGUAGAGCAUAUCUAUGGCAUGGGAAAGCUGAUUCUGAUACCCAUGGAAAUAUGAAUUGGGCUAGGGUUUGUACUCCAAAGAAGUUGGAUGGUCUGAGUAUUCGUAAUCUAGAAGUGUGGAAUCUAGCUACAGUGGGUAAACAUGUAUGGCAUAUAUCCUCUAUGAGUGACUCCAUGUGGGUCAGAUGGGUGCAUGAUGUUUAUACAAAGGCUGUGAAUGGGAGAUUGAAGUCUUGGGACAAGUUGGCAUUAGGGCUCAUCUUUACUGACAUUUUUCCAUUAUGUGGUUGGAUAUCAGAAUCUCAUUCUCAUCUAUUCUUUGCUUGUAUCUAUAUCCUUCAAUGUCUUCGAGACAUUUUGACAUGGUUGGGUAUCAGGAUUGUUAGUGAUUCCCUUGCUUAUUUUGCAUCUCGGAAGUAG